AUGGCUAACCUUACAAAACUCGAGUUCGUUGCCCUUGAUAUUUCGGGCAAGAACUACCUAUCAUGGGUGCUAGAUGCUGAAAUCCAUCUUGAUGCUAUGGGUCUUGGAGACACCAUUAAAGAAAAUAAUAAAGCAUCCAACCAAGAAAAUGCCAAGGCUAUGAUAUUCUUGCGUCAUCAUCUUGAUGAGGACCUGAAAAUUGAAUAUCUUACUAUUAAGGAUCCACUCGUUUUAUGGAAAACCUUGAAAGAAAGAGAAAAGAUUAGUGAUUCUGAUAAGCUGGAAAAGACGUUCUCCACUUUUCAUGCCUCGAAUGUGCUCCUGCAGCAACAAUAUCGAGAUAAAGGUUUCACAAAGUAUUGUGAUUUGAUUGCUCAUCUUUUUGUGGCUGAACAAAAUAAUAAUUUGCUGAUGAAAAAUCGCGAGAAUUGA